AUGAUUUGGUUAUCUGACGAGGUCGAGGGCUGCUCUGGCGCGGACCAGAUCGAGGAGACUGGAGAGGCGACGGCGGUGUCCGAUGCGGCUUUCUCAAGUUGGUGGGCUGUCGCCACCUCGGGAGAGCCCUCGCCUUCGGAGCCCAGCCGAGGCGGUGGCCGCGAGGAAGGCGCGGACGGCGAGCCAGUCGAGGCGCCCAGCGACGGCGACGUCGUGAUCAGGAUCCGCGAGCUCGGCGAUUGGCUCGGCUUCCGGGUCCGCUGCGAGACCGCGUCGAGGCUGCAGGCCUUGAGGGCCAUGCUGAGGCUGCUCUUCCGGGUCUUUUGCAGCGACUCCUCCCGCUGGGCGGAGCUCACCGCGGAGGGGCAAGUCGGCUCGGCCGUGCUGGAGAUCGCCGGGGCCCUCGUGCGGGCGGAGGCGGGCGCGCCCGAGGCGGCGGACGCCCGGGGCGCGCAGCCCGCGGCCGCCGGGGCGGCGGCCAGCCGCCCGCGCGCGGCGAAGGGCCGCGGCAGGGGCGCCGCGGGGGGUGGAGAGGGCAUGGGGCGCCAGCAUUGCAACGAUUGGGACCUCGGAGGGUCAGGGCUCAAGUUUUCUGCCCUCAGGAGGGCACCAUUUUUGAACAGAUUACGGACUCACACCAGACCAGUGCUCCAGUCAGACAUGGUCCGAGACGGAGAAUCAGUCUGGUGGUGCCCUUGCGGACGCUACAACAAGUUGCGCUACCAGUCGUGCCUGUGUGGGACCAGCGUCCGCAAUCAGGUCACGGGUGGCAAGGGCAAGGGCAAGGGCGCUCCUCGCGCCAGAACUCCUGGUCGUCGAGGGGAAGAACGUCGCAACCGUCUUCACGACAACUCGAUGCAGCAGAACACGGCUCAGAUUCAGCAGGUUCUAGCCAAGAUUCUCCCAGCCACCAAGUCCGUCGCGGAGGAGCACGAGAGGUACGUCUCCCCACCCGAGGACACCAAGAAGUAUCCAGUCUUCCGCGACUCGCUCAAGUUUCGCAUGCAGGCCCUGGGCUUUGCUGUGUACGCCGCCCAGCAAGCAGACGCAGAGGACGAGACAGCGGUCGAAGAGAUUGCAAUGAUCAAAUACACGUUAUCGGCGCUCAACCCGCUACCCCAGCAGAUAUUGGAAGCAAAGACGAGGUUGCAGCGCACAGUGGACAGACGCAAGGGGCUCCAGACCAAGAUCGCCGAGAUGGAGGAGUCGCUUGCAUUCCUGGACGACGAGAUCUAUGCCAUCGAGGAUGGCAUCCAGCAGCUCGAGCAGGCGCUGGAGGACGAGGAGAUGAUUGUCGAGGAGGACGACCAGCAGCCACCACCUCCACCUGGAGGCGGCAAAGCGGAGGCGCUGCCCAAAGCCGGGCCCUGGGGGGCUCCCCAUCACGGGCCAGGCAUGGGACAGCAGCCCCAGCAGGCGCCAGGCUUCCCGCCGAAGCAGCCGCCGCCCCAGGCGCCGCCUCAGCAAGUGCCAGGCUUUCCGCAGCAGCCGCCGAUGCAUGUGACAGGUGGUGUGCCACCACCGCCUCCCAUGCCGCACCAGAUGGCGCCGCCAGACUACAACCCGCAGCUGGCCCAGAUGCUCUACAAUCUCGUCUCCAACCAGAACAGGAUGGACCAGGCCAUGGGUCAAAUCGUUGGUGCCAUAAACAACCUGGGCUUGGGUCAGCCAGCUGCUGGCGUGCCUCCGAGGACUUUUCAGACAGCCGCGGGCCCAGUUCAGCAGCCUGCAACAUCGCCGGCGGAGACGGAGGCUCACCCACCUGGACUGCCAGCAGCUGGCACCCACGGGUUCGGUCAGCCGCCGACCUUUACCUUCGGUCAGCCAGCCAUGAAUUGGAGCGACCCGAGGCACCCGAACCACAACCAGUACCUCGUGGAGAAGGCCGCCCAGGAAGCGGUCGACAAGGUGCCAAAGGCCACGCCCUUAGAGAAGGACGAGCCCAGGACACCAACGCCAGUCGGAGGUACAGCUACACCGAUCUCGACGACACCGCCAGCCAACUCCCUGGAGCAGCAGUUCCACGCAGCGAUGGCAUCGGGCGAGACCAUUCACGUCCCAUCGUCAGCAGAAGAGGCGGCGUCAGAAGUUUUGGGCGAGCCCUUGGUCUCGCAGUAUCCGUCACCUACACAGGCAUGGGGGCCAGCUUCUGCCCUGGCGGAGGCCACGCCCUAUGCGGAGAUGCUGGCGCCCACGCAGUGCAUGGCCUCCCAGGGCGAGGCGAUCCCAGGUCCAGCGACCUCGUGCACCUCGCCUCUCACGGCAUCGACAGCGGCCUCAGACGGCCCGUCACCAGGCGCAGCCAGCUCCGCGCCCAUGAGCAGCCGAAUGGACAAGAGCCGCUCGCCGCCGCACAAGCUACAGAAGACCGAGGACUAG